UCUCCCCCUGCUUACGUCACGCGUUUCCUCGGGUUCUUUCCUUUUCCUCUGACUCUUUCUGAUUGGAACACUAAUAAUAAAAAUACACAGGGAGAAAACCCAUUCAAACAUUACUCUUCUUUCCUUUCCUUUCCUUUUAUUUCCUUCUCUUCUUACAUUUAAAACCGUAUCUUACUCUCCUUUUCCCUCUGUUUCCUUUUCUCCCUCACAAACUACUCAAAAAGCUUUUUCUUUUUCCGUCUCUCUCUCUUGUUUCCCAUCUUUUUUUUCAUCUUUGCUUGCUAGCAAGCUCAUUACCGGCUUUUACUAUCUUUCCUUCUGGUUUCAGUUUCAUUGCUUUCUGAUCAUAUAGAGAAAAGGAAACAAAAGGAAAAAAAAAAAAAAAAAAAGAAGGUAAAAGCUGUUAGCUUUAUUCCUUUAUUCCCUUAUUCUAUCCCCAGCUUCCUCGUUAUAAUUACCUGAAACGCGUCAGUUUUUUCGACUUUCAAGCUCAGAGAUUUUCUUUUCUUUUUUAAAAAAAAUAUAUGGGCUUUUCAGAGAAACUGGACUUAGCAGCGGCCUUGGAUGCCGAGCCGACGACAAAAAAAUGGGUCAUCGCCGGAAUUCCGUUACGGGCUCCGUUAAAGCCCGUUUACACGACGAAGACAAAAUCUCCGCGGCUGGAGCGCGAUCAACACGACGGCGGCGGAGAUGACGACGGAGAAGAAGACUGUUCCCCGACGACUCCCACCGGAGAAGAGUCGAGAAUCCCUACGAGGUUGACGUGUCCGCCGGCGCCGAGGAAGAGGAAGGCUUCGCGUAAGUGCAAUUACGGUGCGGUUAGGGAGUUCUUCACGCCUCCUGACUUGGAGACCGUCUUUAAACGCCAUGUCGAAAGGGCUAAUUAACUUUAGGAAUAUUGCUCAUCUUGUACUCUUUUUUUUUUUUUUUUUGGUUAACUUAAUUUGCUUAAUUCGUAGUCUUUUUUUUUUUUUUUUUUUUUUAGGCUUAUAAAUCUUGGUUUUUGAUCCUUGGUAGAAAGUUUAAGAUGAUGAGUUGUGACUUGUUAUUAUGUAUAUAUACGUUAUAUGAAUAAAUGAACACUGCGCCCAA